UAAAAAUAGUAGCGGAUCUUGCACCACAAAUAUCGAGAUUGCCGACCGGCUUGUCAUAGUUACAUUAUCACAGAGGGAGAGGUAGAGAAAGUUAACCAAAGCUGUAGGCAAGGCUAAAAGAAGGGAUUUAUUCCCCACUGCAAAGAGGUAACACCAGGAGAAUCAAAACGACGGCACAGCAAAGUAGCACGCUAAACAACGCUUCGUUCAUGCAGAGUAACGCCAUGGUAUCUUUGAUUACUGAGGGACCCAUGGGUUCAGAGAUUGAGCCUAAGAGCUUGGAGGAAUUGGUUGACCUUCUUGACAUCCCCCAAGAAAGUGAUGAGAUCCAUCAAACAUAUACUACCGGGACUUUACCCAAGUCCCGGGAAUUCCUUACGUUCGGUACAGAAGAUAUGUGGCCUAUUUGACACAGACCUUCCCAACGAAGAUGACCUGUUGAAGUCAUUGACGUUGGAACAUGACAAAAAUGACACCAUCAGCCUUGACACUUCACUGCUAGCCAGUUGCAAUGAAGUAACAUUGGACACACCUACCAUUAAUUUGAAUGCUGGUAUUGGUGAUCUUGGAUUUGAGAAUUUCUUUGAGGACUUUACUGACCUCACUGAUUAUCUUCCAGAGGAAACUCCAAAGGUACAAAUCCUUGGGCCUGUGAAGCCAGUAAAAGAAAAGCCAGUUAAGAGAAACCUUAAACGUCAAAGAUCAGCCAAGGAUGUUGCCCGUGUUACCAUUGAUCAUGAUUAUUCUACAAAGAAGAUUAAGAAAGAGCAUCCUGUGAACAAUGAUGCUCUUAAAACAGAUAACAUUAUCCCGAAAGAUCAGUUGGUUGAUGGAAUGUCUGACAUUGAAAAAUACCAUGAACGCAGAAGGAAGAAUAAUGUUGCUUCUAAAAUUUCAAGAGCAACUAGACGUCAGAAAUUUGCUAGUAUGGACAUUGAAGCGGAGGAAUUGAAAAUUGAAAAUGAAAUAUUGAGAAAGAAAACAGUUGAACUCGAAAAUCUUGCUAAAGUUAUGAAAGACAUGCUGAUACAGAAAAUGUCUUCCUUGAAAUAAACAUAGACAUUGUUUGAUUAUUGAAAUCCUCUUGUUAUAAAAAUGUUGUUCAUUGCUUGCUUAUAACAAUGAACAUCAAU